AUGUCUGUGGCGAAUGUUGGCCAGUCCAAGAGUUCGGAAUCAGACGAUGACUCACCUGGUCCUAUAGCGACUGCUGCGUCGAAAACUGUAGAAUCUUUGAAAGGAGGGUUAGCUCCUCUAAUGACUUUAUUUUCACCUAUCAAGCAAUGUGAGUUUUUGACUCCGACGGAUUUUAAGAAAAUUGCGAUGAUUGGACGCGGGAGUACCGGAAGAGUCUUUCUCGUGCAACGGAAAAACACGAAGGAGUAUUACUCGAUGAAGGUUAUGGACAAGAGGAUAAUUGAGCUCAACAAGAAGCAGAAUCGCGUCGACUCUGAGCGUGAAAUCCUCGAGCGUCUGAAACAUCCAUUUUUGGUGAACUUAUAUGCCGAGUUUGAGUCUCCGAAGUAUCACCUGUUUGUCAUGACUUACUGCGCUGGUGGGGAUUUCUGGAGAUUAUUGAAUCGACAGCCUGGAAAGUGCUUUAAAGAGAACGUUGCCCGAUUCUAUUUAGCUGAAGUUGUUUGUGCUUUAGAAUAUCUUCACAUGGAAGAUAUCGUGUACCGCGACUUAAAGCCGGAGAAUUUAUUGUUACACGAGAGUGGUAAUAUCAUGUUAGGCGACUUCGACUUAAGUAAAGUGAGUGAGAAAGAAGAGGCUGCUGUCUUCAAGAAUGGCUUAUUUGGCUCGUCCGAAGUCGUCGUCGAGCCACAGAAUUUCAGAAGUAAUUCAUUUGUCGGGACAGAUGAAUAUUUAGCGCCAGAGAUCUUGUCGAAGACUGGCCAUUCCGCUUCAGUCGACUGGUGGACGUUAGGUGUCUUGAUGUAUGAAUUUUUAUAUGGGUGUAACCCUUUUGUCGCAAGUAGCAAACAAGAGACGUUCCAACGCAUUCAAAAGGGCGAAUUUUCAUUUCCAAGACAACACCGAUACCCCGUCUCAAAAGAUGCAAAAGAUCUUAUCAGAGAAUUACUCGACAUCGAUUCAGAUGACCGUUUGGGAAGUAAAGGUGGCGCGCCAGAAAUCAAACAGCACGACUUCUUCGCAAGCAUUAAGUUUGCGCUGAUAAGAAACAUGACGCCACCUAUAGUCCCUAAGCUCAUGGGACCUAGAGACGUUUCUAACUUCUUCCAGUAUAAGCCGUAUGACGACGAUGUACCAGAUGACUGGGCAUACGUCGAAGAAGAAGUGUCAGCUGAAGACAGCGAAGGGUAA